AAUCGAAACGGUUUGGUGUAAUACACCAGUUGUUCUGUUCGCGUGCUGCGCUUGUAACUUUCCAGUACAAAUCGUUCGUAUAUUUCCGCAUCUGAGAAAACUCGAUCGUCUUGUAAAGCACAUGAAAAAAAAAAUUAUUCGCUAAGGGCAGUGUGAGUGCUGAGUAAUAGUGCAACGGCAGGCAGUAAAUUUCCCAGUCGGUGCAGGUCAGCAGGAAGCACAAGGCGAUUUCCACCAGUUUGUGCGUAGUUGCGUACGCACGAACACGUGAAUUACAAGGUCCUUUCGAGAAGUGUUUUGCCCUACCGGACCGCGGACCGCGUGGUUUGCCGACGGUGUAAAUUAGUGCUGUUUACUAUUGAAGAAAGUAGCUGCUGUGAGAACUGUAAUCACCGAAGGCGUUCAAAACUAUUAAAGAAGCCGCUUCCCCGUAUAGGCGAUCACUCCGACGGUGGCUACUACCACGAUGGACGUUGAAUCCGAAGGCGUCCAACCGGCCAACGGGUCCGGAAAUGGUCACACCACAUUCGUAGUCGAAGACAGCGACGAUUCCCAUCGCAAUUCACUGUCCGCCCGGCGGCGGAUGUUUAUGUCACAACCCUCGACGGUGGCGAUCCGGCGGCAGCAGGCCGUCUGCGUCCGACGGGCACACAAAAUCUACGGCACCAAGAAGAAUCCGAACGUCGUGCUGGAUGGACUGAAUAUGACCGUUUCAAAAGGAUCUAUCUACGGUCUUCUUGGCGCAUCAGGUUGCGGCAAAACUACCCUACUGUCGUGCAUCGUUGGCCGACGGCGUCUGAACUCCGGAGAAAUUUGGGUUCUCGGUGGUCGACCCGGAUCACGAGGUUCCGGAGUUCCCGGACCUCGCAUCGGCUAUAUGCCGCAAGAGCUUGCGCUCUACGGAGAAUUCACAAUCCGGGAAACUCUGAUCUACUUCGGGUGGAUCUGUGGACUAACGGUGGAACAGGUUGACGAGAAAACGGACUUCCUACUGAAACUCCUGCAAAUGCCGAACGCCUCUCGGUUUGUUAAGAACCUUUCGGGAGGACAGCAACGACGCAUGAGUUUGGCCGCUGCCCUGCUGCACUCACCCGAGCUACUGAUCCUAGAUGAACCGACCGUUGGUGUAGAUCCGGUCCUUCGACAGAAUAUUUGGGACCACUUGGUGGAAAUUGUAAAGAACGGUAACACUACAGUAAUCAUCACAACUCAUUACAUCGAGGAAACACGACAAGCCCACGUGAUUGGUCUGAUGCGAGGAGGAAAGUUUCUAGCCGAAGAAUCACCAUCUGACCUGCUGGCCCACUAUCACUCCGAUUCCUUAGAGGACGUAUUCCUCAAGCUGUCCGUCAUGCAGAACAUGGGCAAACGGCGGAGGUCUUCAAUCGCACAGGAAGUGGUGGAGGCUAUUCGGGUUCCGGCCAUCGCCAACCCGGCACUGGAUCUUUCUCCCGAGGAAGAUCACGGCGAGAUUUCCGGUGAAUUUGGUGACAACAUUUCGAUGUCGUCACGCGGCCCAGAAUCCAUCACACCUGAAAUCCAAGCUCCUCCGCUUCCGCCGGAAGAAGACACCAAAGUUCCCUUCAUCGAUUACUUCAAGAUCCUCAAACCGAACCACAUGCGGGCACUAAUUUGGAAGAACUUCCUUUGGAUGUGGCGAAAUGUUGGAGUAAUGGCGUUCAUCAUAGGAUUACCAGUGGGGCAGAUAGUUCUAUUCUGUUGGGCAAUCGGACACGAUCCGGUGGGAUUGAAGGUGGCGGUUGCAAACUACGAACUCGAACAGGCUAACCUCUCGGCAACGGCGGGAUGUCCAGUGAAUAUGGGAUGUAAUCAUACGAUGCUGAGCUGCCGGUAUUUAGAGAAUCUACGCAAUCGGAGUGUUGAUGUGCAAUUGUUCGAGAGUGAAGCUGAAGCAUUGGAACAGGUCAGCCGUGGCAAAGCUUGGGCAUCGUUGGUUUUCGCACAUAACUAUUCUGACGCGUUGUUUCUACGAUCCGAGAAUAUACGGAAAGUUCAAGAAUGGACCCUGGAUUUGUCGAGUAUCAUUGUGAGCAUGGAUAUGUCGAAUCAACAAAUCGGGACGCUCCUCUUCCGGGACAUACAAUAUGCGUAUUUUUCCUUCAUCUCGAGCAUACUUACGGAUUGUGACGUGAACCCGUCUAACGGCCGGCUACCGAUACAGUGGAAGGAACCCAUCUACGGCGAAAGGACACCCAAUUUCACUGACUUUGCCGCACCGGGUGUUAUUCUGACGAUCAUAUUUUUCCUUUCCGUGGCGUUGACUUCCGGAGCGAUGUUGAUCGAACGGAACGAGGGAAUUCUGGAGCGAUGUUUGGUAAUGGGUGUCACCGGAGUGGAGAUUUUGUUUUCACACGUGACGACUCAGUUUCUGGUGAUGUGUGGCCAAACGAUGCUGGUCAUUCUGUUCAGUUUCUACGUGUUCGACAUCACCAACCACGGAGAAACCGUGUGGAUCGUUCUGCUGACCAUUCUAACCGGUCUCUGCGGAAUGUGUUUCGGAUUCGUGGUAUCGUGCUCCUGUGAUAACGAACGUUCGGCCACGUACCUGGCCAUGGGUAGCUUCCUGCCGAUUGUUAUGCUUUGCGGUAUCAUUUGGCCCAUCGAAGGAAUGCAUCCACUGAUGAAGAUUUUCUCCGUGUUCCUGCCACUCACCAAAUCGACCGAAUCGCUCCGUUCGAUACUGCAGCGCGGUUGGCACAUCCAGAAUCCGAACGUUUACAUCGGUUUUGCGGCCACCGGCACGUGGAUUGUGAUCUUCCUAGCCGUUAGUAUACUGUUGCUCAAAUUCAAGAAAGGUUAAGUGGUGCCGGAUAAGCCGGAUAGGCUCUCUAGGGUGUUGUAGCUCAACAGUGUUAGUUAGGGUUGUUUAACAAGUAGAAAAACAAAUAAAAAAAUCUUGCAGUUUUUAUUUUGGUUAGUUAGGUCAAAAUAUGUUGUUCUUCAGUACGGACAGGACUGACGGUAAUAUUUACGAUUUUAUUAUCAUCAUAAGAUAGACCAAACAAUUCAGUGUAUAUAACCCAGCCAGGUAUCUAAUUUAUGAAUACGAAAAUCUCUCUGACCUAAUUUUAGAAAAAAAAACAUUUCUCUCCGACACGUACAAGUGCGAUGGUCUUCUGAAGAGCUUUCCUAUUUCGUUACCAAAAUGCGUUCCGUGAAGCGCUUUGUGAUAACAUACAUGAUAGGAAAAUUCCUCUAGCGAUGCAUGUGUUUGUCCAAGCAAUCCCUCCGGAAGUAAUAAAGCGCAUCGCUGAUUGAAGUA